AUGCAGUGGUCUUCUACCGCACGGGACGAGGCGGAUCGACUGCCCCAGAGCCUCGAGGCCCACAAGUCCGCGCUCCAAAUCGCCGUCGGCCUUGUCAGCCUCUCAGCAACCCAAUCGCUCCGAAACGACACCUCUAGCAUUCGGGUCAAGGCUACCCUUCUUCCCGGGUUGAAAGAGGACACCGCAAAAUUGCGGAACUACGGACAGAACUCGCAGGGCUACGUAUGA